AUGAAUAACAGCAAACCAAAUUCGCCGCUUUCCGUGGUGAGCAACGGCGCUUUACCUCUCCUUCAAACACCCUCCAGCACCCUCACACAAUCCUCCUUGACCGGUGCAAUGGGCCCAAAUAUCACCUCAUCGACUCCAUUAUCUGGACUUUCAAACCACGACUAUCCGCCUUUCCCAUUAUCCCACUCCUUAGCGAAAUCACCAUAUGCUCAUGCGCAUUCCCGAAGUGUUGAUCUCGGAUCGUUGCCCUCAACCAACCUGUCCAAAACAACGGUUGCAAACGCCCUGAAUGAAAGUUCAUCGAGGGUGAAUAUGCCAACUGAGAUUCCACAAGGGCAAAAAAGGACGGCUAACGGGGAGAUGAAGUCGACUGUUUUUCCGGCGCCUUUCCAAAGCCUAAAGCCAGUUACUGCAACUCGCCGUUCUAGAACAAUGAGCAUUGAUUCAACUGGAAGCAGGAUUACGGAGUUGUCUGCCCAGCUUCGUGCACGUUUAUCCUAUGCAGCUGCGAAAGUGGAGAAAGAGUGGCCAAUCCGUACCCUGGAGGAAGAACACACGGUUUUACCAGGGCUAGGUUACUCAUCUACCUCGCAAUCUCCUUUGCCUUUGGGAUUCAAAGGUUCCUCCAGUUGUCCUAUGAGACCUAAACAUUCACGCGCUCGACACAGUAUCAGUAGCACAUCAGCGACUGACGGGUUUUCAAAGCUUCGAAAUCCCGAUUCUGCUGAUGAUUUAGUAUCUACAACCCCAAUGAGCUUAACCCCAAAUCAUAACCAAGUCUCCUCAUCGAAUGGAAACCCUAGGAUACCACCUCUUACCCCAGCAGCUGCUUUUACAAAUGCAAACCCACCAAAACUUGCACCGCCUGCGGAUAUUAUAUCCGGAAACGGUAGUGCGACUCGGCGGCGUCCAAACCCCAAUGACUCUCUUAUACAAAAUGGCCGUCCAAACCAAAACAAUUAUCAAAAAAUGACAUUCACUGUUAGGGGACAUUCUGCCUCAUCCACCCAAACAACCAAUUCAACUGUAGCCAUCCUCGACAGUCCUCCCCAAUCCCAACCUCAAUUGUCUCUCCAGUCUGCGACUCCAGAUACCACCACUACCACAAUGCCAGUUCCAAAGCUUAGAACGCCAUCCCAAAAUGCCCUGAUGGAAAAGGACGCCAUUGAAACGUUACUUUUCAUGUCAAGCCCCGAAAACUCAGGAUAUCAUCCAAGCUCUCAGAACACACAACAGAGUGAUUAUAGCAACACACAUCUUACCCUUCCUCCCCCUCCCCUACCCAGGCCCUCACCUCAACAGACAUCGUCCGUUGGAGGCCGUUUGGGUCUGGGAAUACAUCUUGAUAACACCUGCAAUUCCACUCGACCUCCCCGGAAGGUUAGUUUUGCUGAUGAUAUAAGCAAUUGGUCGAAUGAUGCGUAUCUCAGAGAUGGAAGUAAUGGUCUACAAGAACAUGAAGCUGGUGACGCGAUUGAUCGUAUGCUGGAUGAACUAGGAGAUAGUGACAGUGAAUCGGAAGGUUCUUGGCUUACGCGUUUCAUGAGCCAAAAUGAUAGAGGAAAGGCAAUGCGGCCAAACAGGAGCGGCUAG